UUGCCUCAUUCGCCUGGCUGAACUUGCCAGCAUGCCAGGCCAGCCAGCCAGCCCGUCUCUCCCGGAGCCUGCCUUCGUUCCGAGAUUUGGCUGUGGCCCGGCCAUCCAUCCAUCCGAGGACCCAGCCGGUUCGCUCUUUGAAUCAGCCAGCUCAGUUGGUUCCGAUCAACGCGUGGAGUCGGUUGCGUUUUGUUUUUUCGGGUUUUUCUUUUCGAAUUUUCCGUUGCAGAUGCAUUUGCUUAGUGUGGGAUCAGGAAAGGAAGUGCCGUGUGUUUGGAAUCGAAAUAAAUCUGCAUUUUCGUGAUCCGGUCGCGUGAACCUUUGUUGUUUGUGUGGCGUUUGUUUGCCAGCUUCCUGGAACAUAUUAAACUAACAACAACGGUGCGGUAGCAGAAUAUGUAAAUCGGCGGAAUACGAUUGAAGCACCGUCUAUGCAAAUCAUACCAGUGACAGUGAAUAGAUGAUGUUGUUGGGUCCGUGAAAUGUUAGCCCCCGAAAGUGACCCUUCCCUCAGGCAACAAAUACAUACUGGAUGCAGCAUUGUGUAUCAGUUAAUAAAUGUUUGGUUAAUAUCCUGGAUUAAUGAAGCCAAGGCGUAAAAGAUGAACGUUCGACGAUGUUGGAUCUUUUUACUGUACAUUGUAUCUGCUGAUUUGGUUUUAGCGCGAAUUCGUAACAUUCGCAACAUCUACCAACAGAAAUGUGCAGCUAGAUUGGAAUCUGCCCUGGACACCACUCUGAGACGGAGCCAGCAACGAUCGGGAUUUGGUACUUUGAUAGAUUUUUCCGAUAGCGCACCACAAAAACAGGCCCUGUUCAACAGGUCCCCGUACAACAACUACGAAGAUGACAUCCAACAGAUUGUGUCCGAGUACAAACAGAAGUACAAAGGGUCUCCGAAACCUUCUAGCACUGCUGCCUCCAAUGCAUUCUUCCCACCCUCGGGAUUGACAGCUACGUCACAGGUUGAGGUGACCAAUUUGAAGGUGCGGAUACCGCACAACCAUCACUGGGUCAUGGUUGAUCGGUGUCAAUACGUUGAACACAAUCGUACCUUGGAUACGAAGUUGGGCUUCCCGGAUCUGCAGAUCAGUGGACGCGUGAUCAUGCAUCCAUCGGGAGGUCGCUGUGAUAUGAUCCUGCGACUGAGACAUGCUGGGAUAGAAUUUCGAACGAUUCCUCUUCUGCGAACGGGAUUCGGUGAAAGAAGUCGGCAAGCCAAUGUUAGAACCGAUUCGCACUUCUCCGAGCCAGGGUUCAUUUCGGUAUUCGCUCACAGCUGCGAAGGUCCAACUGGGAUCAAGUAUCGAAUCAAUUCAAAACGUCGCCACUUCCUGAACCGUCAACCAACUGCCGGUUACGAUGGAUUCUACAAUCGCGACUAUGCCAACGAAUAUCAACGAAACAUGGAACACAAACGAUCUCUUCGCUUCGUAGACGACGACAACGAUGACGAUCUGAUCAACGAUUAUACAUCCGAUGACAUCUUCAAACUCAACGACGAUGAUUCGUUGUUUAUGUCGCCGUCAACUUUCGUGGAUGUGGCUGGAGAUUACGAUGGGCCAGCUGACACCAAUAGCCGAACGUUGUUCGGAAGUGGCCCGGCUACUGGGACCGGAACUGGCUCUGGAAGUGGACCACAUGGUGGUGGUGGCUACGGUGGCACUGACAGAAUUCCUUUUGCCUACAACGCCUAUGCGGGCAAUGGCGCCGGAUGGCAAACGGUUGAAACCAACGAGGCCCUGGACGAUGCCUACGCCAACGAGAUCGAUGGCCUUUUCUCCAAAGGUGUCCGAGGGCUGCUCACGACCUACAUGCAGAAGGCACUGCAGCCGGCGAUCAAGGAAACGCUGAUGGAAAGCAUGGGAUACACUCUUUCGUAUGGAUGACUUUGAGCAGAGAGUAGACGUGAUAGGUUUAGAGAGUAAAUUAUAAUUUAGAGUA